AUGACAGACACGUUGCUUGCACAGCAGCCCAUUUGGCUUGGUGUAAGCAUAGAACCUAGCUUUCAGUUUGGAUGGACUCCCCUGAUGUGUGCUGCCAGUGUGGCUGAUUUUGCAGUGGUGCGUCUCCUUCUGGACAGAGGUGCCAAUGCAUGCUUUGAAAUAGACAAGUACACAGUGCUGAUGGCAGCGUGUGCUGCUCAUGCUUCAGAGGAAAACAUCUUGAAGACUGUGGAACUACUGCUGUCAAGGAAUGUCGACCCUAACCUUACUUGCAGGAGACAAAUGACUCCGUUGAGGUAUGCAGCUAGAAAAGGCUCUUCUCGUGUUGUUGGUCUUCUUGUUGCUCAUGGAUCACACAUAAAUGCCCAAGAUGAAGAUGGAUGUUCAGCAUUAAUAUGGGCAGCACACCAUGGACACAAAAAUGUCAUUUUUAAGUUGCUGGAGCUUGGAGCUGACAAAAAUCUACAGACUAAGGAUGAGAAGACAGCAGCAGAGCUAGCAAAAAAUAAUAAGCAUUCAGAGAUUUAUAGUUUACUCUCUUUGGCUGUAAAUCCCUCGCAAGGGAAAUACCAUGAAACGAUGAAGCAAGAGGCUAGCUACAAAUUUCUGACAGCUGUCCCUGACCACAGAGUUGGUUUCUAUUCAGCUUUGGAUGACAUGGAAGUAUUUUUACAUGGUCCUGGUCUAGAACACCUAAUAGGAUUAUUGAAGAUAGCACUGCAGUGGGCGCCAACUGAAAGAUACAUUGAAGUCUGCAGAGACAUGGUUUCCAGUGUUGAAAGGUUGGGAGAAGAAGUUGCCAGACUGAAGGACCUCGUGGAGAAGGUGAGCGUGAGGCCGUUCCAUUGCACACAGAAACCUGGCUGCAGUAUCUUGAACGUGACAGCCAUCAGUGAAAUGUUUUGUACCUUGGUCUAUCUCAGCCUCUUCAGUUUGAUCACUGCAUCCACCACUCGUACGCUUCUUUCCACCUCUCCAUAACAGAACGUGACAUAAUCUAGGAUGUUACAGAACAGUGUGCGGAGUCUCCAAAUGAAGGAGUGGUCAGUCUUAUUCUUUCUGCCACAGUAAGGAACUGAGUGGGAAGUACUCCUGUGCAUGUGGACAGCCACUGUGGCAUAAACCACUCUGAGUACUUCUUAAUUAAGGAAUCUUUUGUUUGGAGUUAUUGACUCCCAAGGAAGAUAGUGCAGUUUUAUGGAUUGAAUAGGAGGCAUCCCAGAUAACUUUGCAGAGUGACAAAAGAAGAGGGUGGGAGAGGUCAAGGCUAGAUGUUAGCACCACAUCAGUCCUUCUCAGACCAACACAAUGAUACGCUCUUGUCAAGUGGGGUCACGUUAAGUAACAGGCCAGUAAAAUGAAUGGCUGCUCUGGUAGAGUAAAUGGAGCAUCAGUGUCAGAAAGGAAUCUGUUACUGAAUGAAGCCAUGUGGAACUCGGACCUUAAGUAUAAUGCUACUAAUGCAAUUUCCGGGAGUUCAAGUAAAUUUAAUGUAAUAUAACAGCUUUCUCCUAAUAAAUCACUUAGCACCAAAUACAUUUAAGAGGUCCUAACAAAGAACUUUUUAGCUCUUUAUGUUCCUUUGUUUGCAUAUGCAGAAGUCAACUGCGUGUAUAGAUCUGCCUCCUGCGUGUGCAGGCCAGUUGCGAGGGGUCGGGAGGACCUGAGUUAGGUGCUACUUGCACUUGCUGUCAUCUGAAUUUGAGGUUUUAUAGCUGCGAAGAUGCAGCAGGGUGUCUCUACACCCACUGUUAAACAGGCAUUAAACGUUAGCCGUCCGGUUAUUUUGAAAAAUGUAGUAAUUCCUGUUCUACUAAAAUACCGUAGUGUGUUAUGAACGUGACUGAGGAAGACUAAUAGGAAGCAUUCUAAUAUUAAAUUUUCAGCUUUCUAGAGCACUGAAACAUUUUAUUAUGAAAAGUGUCAAUGUAAAUGAACCAGAGAAACCCUUUAGACACUAAGUUAGUACAAAUUCCCUUAAAAUCUGCACAGUGGUAUUUCCUAAGCUUCGGCAUCACAAGAUUUUGGCUUUCAGUAUGCGUGAAGUAUAUGGCAUUCAAUUUUUGAAAGUCUAGUAGUAAAUGAGGUAGCCUGCCAAGUGUUACAUACAAAGGGAGGGAAGCAGGAAUUAACCAGUGUUUCACUUCAUGACAAGGCUGCACUCAACUUCAGUGGGCAUUAGAGCAGGCACUUGUAUGGUACUUUCCACUCUCCCUUAGAGCUUUCAAAGACUCCUUGAAAUUAAUCAGAUACGUGUUUAACUGUUGUUUUAAUAAACAGUUUUUCUAGUUAUUAAAUAGCAGAAGUCCUGGUUAAAACAUUUGAUGAUUGGAGUUUAAAUGUUUUGGUGUUGAUUUUUGUAGUGUCUACUAGUAUGUUUUACUCCAGAAGAAUUCAGUUUGUAAACAGUUUGUUUUCUAGUGUGUAUUGCUUACAGAAUCAUUGCACAUGAGAUAAGAUAAAGGCUUGCACACAGUGAUUUCUGUUGAAGUAGGGCACGGACACACAAAUAGUAUCUCAGUCCUGAGAAUCUAGGCUUAUGCUUUAUCACAGACUUCAGAAGCUUUCACAUUAACUCUUUUUCUUUGUUGUACCUUUUUCACACUAACUUUUUUUCUUUGUUGUACUUUCAACAUGAACUGAACAUCUGCUUCAGCAUGAACAGAAGAAUGACCCCAGUCAAGCGGUAUUCCCAGAAAAAGCACCCACCUUGGAAAAAAGAUUAGUAAAAAUGGGAGCAAUAACAGUGCUUGCGUUUGUUUUUUUCUUCUUUAUAACUAAGUUAAUGGCAAAGAAAGAGUGACUUUUUUUAGUGCUUUGAAUACUUUUUGGAAAAUUUGGUCGCAUUAUGCUUCUAUUCGGCAUAUGUAACUGAGCUGAAUUCAUAUGAAAAUUACUGGUUUCUCAUCAUAUCAGUAAUAUUUGCAUCCAGUACACACUUCAGUCUAGAAUCAAAAAUAAAAUCUCCUUAUGUAAAAGCGUAUUAAGGUUUUUUUCUAGUAUAGACAGUUUGUACAGAAUCUCCUCGAAGUUGCUUUUUUGCCACAAGGUUGUAACUAUUACUUACUGAUUACUAGUUUUGUUUUCACUUGCUGUUCAGUUGCUGUCAUAGCUGCUUCCUGCUGUUCACAAACGUAAACAUAAGCAAAUAAUACUGUAUUGUUUAUGUUGCAUGCUCGUAUUUAAAAUGAUCACGAUGGUGGGUUUUGCCUUUUUAAUAUUAAGUAUCAUGAUUUCUAUGUUGAGAAAGAUCUUUUGCAGUACAGAUUCAUAUGAAAAAC